AAUGCUUGGUUAGAAAAACCCUAAGCCAAGAGUGGCAUUAAAAUCACUCACUAAAAAGAAUAGGAAAGAAAAAAAAAACCUCUCUUCUCAUUUCCGAAAAACCCCACACUCAGUUUCUUACAACAACAAAAAAAAAACAACAUAGAACAGAACAGAAUGGUUGGAGGUCGAUUUCGCGAGCUGUUGAAGAAAUACGGAAAAGUAGCGUUGGGCGUUCAUUGCGGCGUCUCUGCAGUUUCUGUCACUGGUCUCUACGUUGCUAUCAGAAACAACGUUGAUGUCGAAGCCAUCCUCGAGAAGUUCCACAUGGGCGCUGUCUCCGAUAAAGAAAACCCUAAUCCUAACCCCAACCCUAACCCUGAUCCUUCCGGUGACGAUGCCUCCGUGCCCGUCAAGAACCGAACGGCUCAGCUCGCCACCUCCGCCGGCGGCGCAUUCACCCUCGCCAUCCUCUGCAACAAGGCUCUGUUUCCCGUACGUGUUCCCAUCACCGUCGCCCUCACGCCCCCUAUCGCGAGGUUCUUGGCCCGGAGGAACAUCGUGAAGAGUGGUGUUUGACUUGCAAUUUGGUAUGUGGGUUGUGAUGUAUUGUUGAUUGUGAACAACGAUUACAAGGAUGAUGAAAUUAUCUAUAUAUUGUUUCCUUGUUAGUUUUUGUGGUCGUGGUUUAGACAUUCAGAGUCGAAUAAAUAACAGGAGGAUUUUUAAUUAGUAAAGGUUAUGGUCUUAUGCUACAUGCUUAUUUUUCUUUUGUUGAUUGUGACAAUUAUGUAAGAAUUAGAUUUCAUUGCAAAAUUGGAGAAGGAUGAGACAUGUAACAUGUGCCUUGUUAGUUUUUAUUGUCAUGGUUUGGACAUGAAAAUGGAAAAGGAAGAAAGAUUUUGAAUUAAUAAAGGACUGUAUGAA